UCGGGCGGUCGGGGCGCUGGGCCGGGAGCCGCGCGGAACAUGGUGGAUUACCACGCAGCGGGGCAGCCCUACCAGUACGGCGGCAACGGGCCCGGCUCGCUCGGCGGCGUCGGCGACUACAUGGCGCAGGAGGACGACUGGGACCGGGACCUGCUGCUCGACCCCGCCUGGGAGAAGCAGCAGCGCAAGACUUUUACGGCGUGGUGCAAUUCUCACCUGCGGAAAGCUGGCACGCAGAUCGAGAACAUCGAUGAAGAUUUCCGCGAUGGCCUCAAACUCAUGUUGCUCUUGGAGGUCAUUUCAGGGGAGCGAUUACCCAAACCAGAGCGAGGAAAAAUGAGAGUGCAUAAAAUCAACAAUGUGAAUAAAGCUCUAGACUUCAUCGCGAGCAAAGGAGUUAAGCUGGUCUCUAUAGGAGCUGAAGAGAUCGUAGAUGGCAAUGCAAAGAUGACAUUGGGCAUGAUCUGGACAAUUAUCCUUCGAUUUGCCAUUCAGGACAUUUCUGUGGAAGAGACCUCUGCCAAGGAAGGCCUGCUGCUGUGGUGUCAGAGGAAGACGGCACCCUACAAGAACGUCAAUGUACAAAAUUUCCACAUCAGCUGGAAGGACGGUCUUGCUUUCAAUGCCUUGAUCCACAGACACAGACCAGAGCUCAUUGAAUACGACAAACUCAGAAAGGAUGAUCCUGUGACGAACCUGAACAACGCCUUUGAGGUGGCCGAGAAAUACCUGGACAUCCCCAAGAUGUUGGAUGCCGAGGAUAUUGUAGGCACUCUCAGGCCCGAUGAGAAGGCUAUCAUGACAUACGUUUCCUGCUUCUACCAUGCUUUCUCGGGGGCUCAAAAGGCUGAGACAGCAGCGAACCGGAUUUGCAAAGUGCUGGCUGUGAACCAGGAGAAUGAGCACCUGAUGGAGGACUAUGAGAAACUAGCAUCUGAUCUGCUGGAGUGGAUUAAACGCACUAUCCCCUGGCUGGAGGACCGCGACCCACAGAAGACCAUUCAAGAGAUGCAGCAAAAACUGGAAGAUUUCCGUGACUACAGGCGUGUCCAUAAACCUCCCAAAGUGCAGGAGAAGUGUCAGCUGGAGAUAAACUUCAACACUUUGCAGACUAAACUCCGGCUGAGCAACAGGCCUGCGUUCAUGCCCUCGGAGGGCAAGAUGGUCUCGGACAUUAAUAAUGGCUGGCAGCACUUGGAACAGGCGGAGAAAGGCUAUGAAGAGUGGCUGCUGAAUGAGAUCAGGAGGCUAGAGCGACUGGACCACUUGGCUGAGAAGUUCAGGCAGAAAGCCUCCAUCCACGAGUCCUGGACUGAAGGGAAGGAAGCCAUGCUGAGGCAGAAGGACUACGAAACCGCCACCCUGUCAGACAUCAAAGCCCUGAUCAGGAAGCACGAGGCCUUCGAGAGCGACCUGGCAGCUCACCAGGACCGCGUGGAGCAGAUCGCUGCCAUUGCCCAGGAGCUCAAUGAGCUGGAUUACUAUGACGCCCCCAGCGUGAACGCUCGGUGCCAGAAGAUCUGUGACCAGUGGGAUGCUCUGGGGUCCCUGACCCACAGUAGGAGAGAAGCCCUUGAGAAAACAGAGAAGCAGCUGGAGACCAUUGACCAGCUGCACCUGGAAUACGCCAAGAGGGCAGCGCCGUUCAACAACUGGAUGGAGAGUGCCAUGGAAGACCUCCAGGACAUGUUCAUUGUCCACACCAUAGAGGAGAUCGAGGGCCUGAUUGCAGCUCACGAUCAGUUCAAAUCCACCCUGCCGGAUGCUGACAAAGAGCGCGAGGCCAUCCUGGGCAUCCAGAACGAGGCUCAGCGGAUUGCGGACUACAACAACAUCAAGCUGUCUGGGAACAACCCGUACACGUCGGUUACCCCGCAGAUCAUCAACGCCAAGUGGGAAAGGGUUCAGCAGCUGGUGCCAAAGAGGGACCAUGCUCUCCAGGAUGAGCAGACCAAGCAGCAGUCCAAUGAGCACUUGCGCCGGCAGUUUGCCAGCCAGGCCAACAUCGUUGGGCCCUGGAUACAGACCAAAAUGGAGGAAAUAGGGCGCAUCUCCAUCGAGAUGAAUGGCACGCUGGAGGACCAACUGAAUCACCUCAAGCAGUAUGAGCAGAGCAUUGUGGACUACAAGCCCAACAUUGACCUGCUAGAGCAGCAGCACCAGCUCAUCCAGGAGGCACUGAUCUUCGAUAACAAGCACACCAACUACACCAUGGAGCAUAUUCGCGUUGGCUGGGAGCAGCUCCUCACCACCAUUGCCCGCACCAUCAACGAAGUGGAGAACCAGAUCCUAACCCGCGAUGCCAAGGGAAUCAGCCAGGAGCAGAUGCAGGAAUUCCGGGCUUCCUUUAACCACUUUGACAAGGACCACGGCGGUACCCUGGGACCUGAGGAGUUCAAAGCCUGCCUCAUCAGCUUGGGAUACGAUGUGGAAAAUGACAGACAGGGAGAUGCCGAGUUCAACCGGAUAAUGAGUGUUGUGGAUCCCAACAACAGCGGGAUUGUGACCUUCCAGGCCUUCAUCGACUUCAUGUCCAGAGAGACGACUGACACAGACACAGCUGACCAGGUCAUUGCCUCCUUCAAGGUCCUGGCCGGAGAUAAGAACUACAUCACAGCGGAGGAGCUGAGGCGAGAGCUGCCGCCAGACCAAGCAGAAUACUGCAUCGCUCGCAUGGCACCAUACCAGGGUCCCGACGCCGUCCCUAGAGCCCUGGACUACAAGUCCUUCUCCACGGCACUGUACGGCGAGAGCGACCUGUGAGCUGGUGGCGGCGGCAGCAAGCGCUGGCACCUUGACGGCAGGAGCGAAGGCCUGAUUCUCUGCUCUGCAUUUACACACACAAACUGUCCCGCAGUGGUAGUCGCCCCUCCUCGCCUCCAGACUAUGGAAAGCCACGUUCGCAUUGGGGGAUCCUGGGAGUUAGCCUACAUUCCGGUUAUUAUUGCAUAUUAUAUGAACCAUGUACCUAUGCAAUGAUUAUUUUUCACUUUGCUCUGUUAAACAUGUUGGGAGGGCGGGCUUGAAAUGUUUUUUUUUUCUCACAUUUAAUUGCUUUGGGAUGUCUUGGCAAGGGGGAAAAAGGGAGAGUCUGAAAACAUGCAAGUGGCUCUGGUUCAAAUGGUUAUUUUUGUUAAAUAUAUCCCGGUCUAUUUUUUCAACUGAGCUUAAAAAAAACAAAAAAAUUCUGACUGGUAUGUUUUUGAAAUUGAACCUUUUUCCGUUGUCUCUUUCUCUCUGCUCUUUUAAUUUAUGCCACUGUGUAGCAGGAAUCCGAAGAGGUUUGUCUGUAUCAAUCACCCUAGCAAAAUCCAUAGGAGGAGCAUUUUUCAGGGAUUCCCUUGUUUUCCUAAACCUGCCUCAAUCCAGAUCUCAUGCACCUCAAUCCAGUCUCUUCCUCUUCCUCUUAAUGUCAAUACCAGUGAUGGUAUCUAGCGAAUCUUGUUAGCUGGGCUAGGCAGUAUGUGGGUGAAGUGAUGUAGCAUCCCUUUAACGUAGGUAUCAGCAAUGCCUUCCCUCCACUCCCACACAGUGUGCAUGCCUGAAAAGCAGCUCCCUACUGCCUCUUCCUGGUUAUUUCCUUAGUGAAACUAACUAGACUCCCAAGGGACUUCCGUUCCGUCUCUGCAUGCUGAUGUUGCUACAUUGAUCCAGCCUGCACAGGUGUCUGUGUUAGCGGCUAACAAAGGACUAGUUGUCUAGUAGCCUUGGGCUUUUUGUGGUUUAAUCUUUACUACUCACAAAAUUGUAACAUUUCCCUUUUUAAAAAAUUCGGUGCUACCAUUUUUGGACUUUGUGAGGAAGCGUUUUGAAUUGCUGUUACACAGACCAAAUUCUCUGAGAUCUGGAGGCAGAGAACUCUGUGCCUUUCCUAGGAAGUCUUGUGUGGUGGCUCUUAAUUAACCGGCAACAUUUAGCAA